AGCUUCAGAUUAGCUGGAAUGAGAUUGUAUUCUGAGGUUCACUGUAAAGUCGAAAAACUUCCAAGUGCUUCGUUAGUUUCCAGCAGGGUGUAAAAGCGUUCCACCGUCCAAAUUCCAGUAGCUUAUAGCAUUUGUGCAGUUGUGUGAUAAGCGCAUUGGAAAAAAACAUUUUGGAGGCUGAUUGCAAGUCACGACAUGAAGAACGGCAACAGCACCAGUGAAUCGGAGACCGAGUUCGAACAAGAUUGUGUGAUGCCAGUCAGAUCGUCAAAACCGAUUCGCGCCAGAAGUCUCAUCCGAAACAACUUGGAGAAGUCCAGCAGCAACAUCGAGCAGCAACAGCUCCUGCAGUCUAGAAUGCCGAACAUCAAGGUUUUCUCCGGCUCAUCCCAUCCGGAUUUGGCUUCGCGUAUUGUGGACCGUCUGGGAAUCGACCUUGGGAAGGUGGUUACAAAAAAGUUCAGCAAUCUGGAAACAUGUGUCGAAAUUGGCGAAUCAGUUCGGGGUGAGGAUGUCUACAUUGUGCAAUCCGGUUCCGGCGAGAUCAACGAUAACCUCAUGGAAAUGCUGAUUAUGAUCAAUGCGUGCAAGAUUGCUUCGGCUUCGCGCGUGACUGCUGUAAUACCGUGUUUCCCGUAUGCUCGUCAGGAUAAGAAGGACAAGGCAGGCGAUGAUAAGCUGGCCAUGUUGAUGAAGACCAAUGAGUGGAAGUUUCGGAGCCGUGCCCCAAUCUCGGCCAAGCUGGUAGCAAACAUGUUAUCGGUGGCAGGAGCCGACCAUAUUAUAACGAUGGAUCUACAUGCUUCACAGAUCCAGGGUUUCUUCGAUAUCCCGGUGGAUAAUUUAUACGCAGAACCGGCAGUGCUCAAGUGGAUACGGGAAAAUAUUGCCGAAUGGCGAAAUUCGAUCAUUGUUUCACCGGACGCCGGUGGCGCGAAGCGCGUAACGUCAAUCGCUGAUCGAUUGAAUGUAGAAUUCGCGCUCAUCCACAAGGAACGGAAAAAGGCAAACGAGGUCGCCUCGAUGGUGCUGGUAGGUGACGUGAAAGACCGGGUUGCGAUCCUGGUGGAUGAUAUGGCUGAUACUUGCGGCACAAUUGUCCAUGCCGCUGACAAGCUGGUCGAGGCGGGAGCAACAAAGGUGUACGCCAUUCUGACGCACGGCAUCUUCAGCGGGCCAGCCAUCUCGCGAAUAAAUAAUGCUUGCUUCGAGGCUGUAGUUGUAACGAACACCAUACCACAGGACGGACAUAUGAAGGACUGUCCUAAAAUUCAGUGCAUCGACGUGUCAAUGAUGUUCGCCGAGGCUGUCCGCCGUACCCAUAAUGGUGAGAGUGUCUCGUAUUUGUUCUCAAACGUUCCUUACUAGAAGUUUUACACACAAGCAAAAAAAUGGGGUAUAUUGUGGGACAGACAGUCAGGACUACAGGCCGGAUUCAGUUUAUUUUUGAGGUUUUUUUCUACUAGAAUUAUAUUCUAUUCGAACCAAGCAGUGUUUACACUAAAUAGACGUAUUGGGCUUGAUCAAAGACUUACAAUUAUCUCAUAUCAUUCUAUUGAAAUUCUAAAUAAGUGAUUAUAAGUUGAAAAGUUGAGUCUUUCUCCAAUUAAAAUCCGAUUAACUCGUUAUCCGAUAUUUCGACGUGAUAUGGCAAAGCAUGUCAUAAAGCUGAACAAGGUAUAAUUGAGUGUCGAAAGCAUUAUUUUAUUUUUUUUUGCAAUCCAAUCUUAGUUUUUCCCUUUUUACAAUUGGAUUGGCCUAUCCUAAACCAUUUUCUCUCUUGACUCGUGAUGAAAAAAAAAAGAUAAAGCAAAGCUGAGUUGAGCCAUUUAGCGAUAGGAUUUAGUUUUAGCAACAAAGUUUUUCUUCUGGAUUAGCCAGACAUGCCUCGAUGAAAUCUGCUAAUAUUGAUUUAUGUGAAACAAAUAUUUUGUAAGGUACAAAUAUUCUAAUUUUACGCUAUUCAAAACGAAAAAAGUAGAAAAUAUAGUAUUACAUUAGUAAAA